AAAGAUAUUCUCGAGAGUUUGACUAAACUAGCAUCGGCCACACCUCGAAUACCCCAAGCUGUACACAGGUCCACGCAAGUAUCUCGUCAGCUAAACCUCCCGCUGACUGCUCUCUAAUUCGAUUUCGAUUCUUUGAAGCUGCGAAAAGCUUUUGCUCAGCUAUAGUCGCUGCUUUGACUGAAACUUCUGGGAAAUUGUGUGAACAGCAAGAUGGAGUCUCAAGAUCAAUACAGAAACGGUGAUUCAGCCGAAGCAUCGUAUGAUUCCAAGGAUGCUGAGUUCACCGAUGCGCCAUAUGCAUCACAGGCAAAUGUUAUUGAUAUUCCGCUGCGUGAUGACCAGGAGGUUGUCACGUUGAAUCUGGAUGAGGAUUUGCCGGAUGACCCAACUGAGCUUUGCGAUCUCCUUGAGAACGAGGAGGCCGGAAGACAGUUUUGGCUGGCGAUUGGAACCGCGUACAGUCGAUUUGGAAAGAUCGAUGAAGCGAUAGAGGUUAUCCAGCGUGGAUUGAAAGCUCCCAGCAUUGUUCGUGCUCCGCAGGAAGAACGCGUGCCAUUCAAUGCUUGUUUGGCCUGGUUAUAUUUCAAGCAGUUGCGAGAGGCGCCAAAGACGGUCACUUCGAAAGUUUUGCUAGCAUCUCAACCCCAUACGAAGGAUCACUAUCAGAUGCUUGCUACGAAAGAGCUAAACAAAACUGUCGAGGCUUACCCUACAUGGAGUGUCAAUCUUUUGGGGCGUGGAAUUUUGACCCUUCUGAGAACUUCAGGAAAGGAUGCUGUUGACGCUUCGAACAAGUACUUUGAGGCUACUUUGAAAAGUUCAGGAUCCGAAAAUCUGAUGGCCUUCUUUGGACGAGCUCGUUAUCUCUAUGCUAAGGAGAACUAUAAAGGAGCUCUCAAGAUCUAUCAGCAGAUUCUGAUGUAUCGGCAGGAUAUCAGACCUGAUCCCCGCAUUGGAAUCGGUUUGUGUUUCUGGCAGUUGGGAUUCAAGGACGAGGCAAAGAUCGCGUGGGAGAGGUCACUUGAACUGGACCCGAAUAACCCGAAUACUAAUAUUCUGAUGGGCCUCUUCUAUCAGGACAGAGCUUUCCAAAACGUCACCAGCCCUGAGUUUGUGGACUUAUACGGCACAUCGUUACAAUAUACACAAAAAGCCUUCAAGAACGGCUCACAGAAACUUGCUAUCGCCGGUGUUGAGUUAGCGCGCUACCUGUUUUCUAAGAAGACCGAAAUGGAAAAGGUGAUCAAGCUUUGCGAGAAAGUGAUUGAUUAUGCCGAAGUUCCGGCGAUCACCUCAGAUGCCUAUUUCUGGAUGGGUAGAGCUUAUCACGAUCUUGGGAAAUACCAAGAGGCAAUGUCCUCUUUCCAGAAGGCGCGGGUUGCAAAACCUGACAACGUUCUGGCAAAGAUCGGAAUGGGUCAGAUUCAGAUCAUCAACAAUGAUUUGACUGAGGCAAAACUCACAUUCGAGAAAAUUAUCCAGGAGCACCCCAAGUGCGCAGAAGGCUUACUUAUCCUCGGCUACCUGUACGCUCGUGACCACGUUCAGCACGCAUCUGUUGUUGGUUCAAUAAAUCGUAACGAUGCAAAGUUGGCGGCGAGUGAGAAGGCGAAGGCGCGGAUAUUGCUGGAGCGCUAUCUGAACCUGGUUGAAUCUCGGCCCGGUAUCUCAGAUACUGAGAUUGAUGUCCACAUUACUCUCAGUAUGCUCUACGAGAGCGAGAACAUUAAUCAGGCCAUCACGUCCUUGGAGCAUGCGAUGGCUCUGCAGCGACAAAUUACUGAAGGUGGAAUAGUUGACCCGAGACUUCUGAAUAAUAUGGGAGUCUUGCGGUACCACAAGGGAUCGUACGAAGAGGCUCGUGAGCUUUUCCAGUCGGGUCUCAGUCAAAUAACAAGCGAAGAAUUCAAGGCGGAGAACCGCGAGUCGUUGCUAGUGACUAUGACUUACAACUUGGCGCGUCUGGAGGAGCAGACUGGAAAUGUCGAAGAGGCAAAGACUCUGUAUCAGGAGAUUGACGAGCGCAUGUCGGGAUAUGUCGAUGCCCGGAUCAGACUAUGCUAUCUUGCGAUUGCAGAGGCCGAAGAGACUCAGAACAAGUCGAUCCUAGAAGAGGCGGUGGCUAUGAUGCAACAGCUGAUUGAGUCGGAAGUCGGUAACCUUGAAGUACGCGCGCUUCAUGGCUGGUAUCUGCACCAGUACCAGCGCAAGAGGCCAGUGGCGAAGUCUAUUAAUGAAGACACAGAGUUCCGACAUCACAGACAUACGCUACAGAACUACGACAAGCACGACGUCUACUCUCUUACGGCAAUGGGUAAUGUCCAUCUCACCAUUGCUCGCGAGAUGAGACCAUCCAACGAGGCAGAGGCCGAGAAGAGACGAAAGAUGUAUGAGAAGGCUGUUGAGUUUUUCGACAAGAGUUUGCAGCUCGAUGGACAAAACGCGUAUGCUGCACAGGGAAUUGCAAUUGCUCUUGCUGAAGAUCGCAAGUUCAAUAAGGCGGUUGGUAUUUUUGGAAAGAUUCGAGAGACAUUGAAGGAUGUCUCUGCAUACAUCAACCUGGGACAUUGUUUGACAGAAUUGAAAAACUAUGCGCGUGCGAUUGAGUGUUACGAGACUGCUCUCGAGCAGUUCCAGGGAGGCAAAAGUAUUCAGACCAUGAUGUGUUUGGGUCGAGUUUGGCUGCAGCGGGGAAUCAACGAGCUAAGUAUUGAGAGUGUCGAGAACGCUAUCAAAUACACAGAGCGUGCUCUGGCCCUGUCGCCGUCUAAUCUUGCGCUGAAGUUCAAUAUAGCUUUCUGCCAUUUCCAGUUGGCUGAAGUGCUGCGACGAGUGAAUAUUAAUGACCGUAAAGUGUCUGCGAUUGAAACGGCAAUCGAGGGUCUAGAGAGAGCUAUCACGAUUCUGACCGAGCUCGCUGGAGAGAAAAAUCCUCCUUAUCCGGCGGCGGAGAUCCAGCAGCGUGCGACUAUGGGUCAGAACACAACCCGCAGACAGCUCGAGCGACUGUUGAAUGAGCAGAAAGAGUAUGAGGAAAAGUCCGAGGCCAAGUUGGAAGCCGCCAGAAAAGCGAGAGAGAAAGGAAAUUCAAACGGCCAGGUGUCUUCAUCGAUUUCUGCUGCGAGUGUUGACACUAUGGCGUAGAUCAGAGAUGUGCGGUGAAUACUUACACCACAAGGUCUGUUUUUGCCAACGUUGAUGUUUCCUAUCUGUAUCUAGAUGCAUGACUAGUAGUUUUUGAUUUUGUGUUGAUUUUGUCCAUGUAUAAUAUUGCUUGGCUAUGCGAUAAAACGGUUAUGACAAUUGUAUUACUAUCUAAAAAAUUCCAUAUAACUAAUCAAAUCUACAGUUCUCUUUUUGAUACAUUUUGUUUUUUUUCGUAGCGUGCGC